CGCAUGCUCCUCAAGAUCAGGAAACUGCGACAGAAUCUUGCUGAACUUGUCGCCAAAUAUGGAGGGCCUCGUCCCGUUGCUUUUCUGGCUGGGAUGCCUUCAAAGAUGGAGGUUGAGGAGGAACUGUGGAAACUCGCGAACUUGCCUUCCUAUUCCUGUAUUAAGUAUUACAAAGUCAAAAGAUACCUCGAACGACAAAUCGACACCUACAGAGUACCUGAAUCCGAAAUCGAAGGCGAGGAACACUUCCUUUGCAAAAUUGACCGUUGCAAGAAGAAGUUCCGAACAGUCCAGGGAUUUCUGGGACAUGCUCGGAAUGCGCACAAGGCGUACAGCGACACGAGGACACCGUGUCCGGAGCCAGGAUGUGUGAAGUAUUUCCAAAAGGACGAAUCUCUGAGGAACCAUGUUCAGAGCAAUGACCAUCACUACAGCAGGCUCGGGUACGUGUGUCCCAUGCCGUCAUGCGCUUGGAAGGCAUCGACGAGUGACGACGCUGUUGUGGAACAUAUCGUUAGUUAUCAUCAUAAUACCAAGGCGGCGGAGGAGUAUGCGCAGCUCAAGGAUAUCGAUAUCAACAUCGUCCGGGCCGCGAGGGAGUACUACGCCGUUGUACAAGCCGAGAAGGAGCGUUCGGAACUUCAUUCUACAUGGAAUGCCAUUGCUGCGUCGAGGUUGCCUCGGAAGUAUGUUCUGAGGUUGGCAUAGGCGGUUACAAGGCUGGGCAUAGUGCUGGAAAAAUAUGAGACAGAUUUGGGUGUGACCUUAGAUGAAUGAAUCUUGACGGAGAACACAAGGUUCGGCGUUCAUGAGGAGGAGUCUACCAUGGGAGGGAAGGGAAAGAGAUGAAGACGGAAAAGCCUUUGCGCAAGAGGUAUGAGGGCAUAAUCAGAUAUUCAUAUGUAUAGAAAAGACCACUCCAAAAAGCUACCACAGAAGACUUAUCCCUCCUAACGU